AUGGCCUCUGCCUUCUUGUCUGCACCAACCUUCCAAGGCCUCCGGCCACUCAACAAGGCCGCCGAUUCCCCUUCCCUCUUCCUCACGAAACCCACUGUAUCCAUCGCCCCAAAGAAGAAAUUCAACUGCGGAGUGAAGGCGGAGCUGCUGAACCCAUCUCUCGUUAUCAGCCUGAGCACCGGGUUAUCUCUUUUCUUGGGAAGAUUUGUUUUUUUCAACUUCCAGAGAGAGAACGUGGCGAAGCAAGGGUUGCCUGAGCAGAACGGAAUUACCCAUUUUGAGGCCGGAGAUAGUCGUGCCAAGGAGUAUGUGAGCCUUCUGAAGUCGAAUGAUCCGGUGGGAUUCAACAUAGUGGAUGUUCUUGCUUGGGGCUCGAUUGGACACAUCGUGGCUUACUACAUCUUAGCCACGUCCAGCAAUGGAUAUGAUCCCAACUUCUUUUGA